AUGGAUGGGAUGUCUUCAGAGGCUAACGAAGAGAAUGAUAAUACACAGAAGCCUGUUAGAAGACGGCGCUCCUCAAUUUUGAAACCCCCAAGGAGUCCUCUUCAGGACCUCAAAUGUGGAAAUGAAACAGUGCAGGAAUUUAAUGCUCCAAGAACUAGAAAAAGCUCUCGUCGAGUCAGCUUUGCUGAUACCAUAAAAGUAUUCCAGACAGAGCCUCAAAUGAAAACAGAGAGAAAUUCAGAAAUUACAGGUAUGAACACAUUACUUUGUGCUCCUAUUCAGACCCAGGUGCAACAAAAGGAGUUUUCAGUUAUAGACUACAACCAUGAAAAGAAACAUGCAAAUGACCAGACGGUCAUUUUUUCAGAUGAAAACCAAAUGGACCUGACAGCAAGUCACACUGUGAUGAUUAGCAAAGGCCUUUCAAAUUCUACCAAAAGUGACAACUCCACAAAGAUAGAUACCACAUCCUUUCUGGAGAAUUUAAAGAAUCAUGCUGAGGAAUCAAGAAUUAAAAAGAAAUUAGAAUGCCCCAUAAUUUCCAUAAGUCAAAAUACUUUCCCAGGAAAAAUAAAUUCUGACAACUUCAUAAAAAGAUUAAAAACAGGAAAAUACAGUACCUCUCUUGAUAAGGAAAAUUCUGAGAUACCUACUUAUUCCAAAGAAUCAAACAGUGUCUCUUCUACACAUCAAAUGCAUGUAUCUCUUAAUGUUGAUAAAAACAGUAGUAAUAGGACUAGAAUCUUUAGCGAACAAGGUGAUGGGAUGGAUCUGACCCAGUGUCAUACAGCCUAUAUCCAGACUUCGAUUCCUCCAUCUGGGCAGGACAACUUAGGAGGAUUUAAACAUGACACUGUAAUUUAUAGCAAUGAGUGUAUGGAGUUGACAGCUAACUAUACAACAUGGCUUUUGCCAUCAGAAAAUAAUUUAUCUGAAACAGAAACGAAAACUCAAAAUGUCAUGAUGAAUUUUAGAACAGUUGAUGAAACUAAAGCUUCAGAGAAGAAAACAGUUCUUAAGGAUAAACUAAAUGCUGCUUUCCAAGUCUCUUUUCUAAACCCUGAAAAUAAAGUUCAUAUUACCAAAAGUCAUAAUAUGGAGCCAGAAACUCAUACAGUCUCACAGACCAAUCAAGGUGCCAGCACAUUCGAUAAAACCUCAAAAUCUAUAUGUUCUAGUCCAACUAUUCAAGGGUAUAAGACAAUUUUUUAUUCUAGUAGCAAUGAUGCAAUGGAACUGACGAAGUGUCUAUCAAGUACGAAGGAGGAAAAAAGUUUGCUGAAGCCUGAUGGUAAUUAUUCUAAAGUAUGUGCCAGUCCAGUUGCUGUCCCACUCAUAGAGAAAACUUCUUAUUCAGAAGAGGAUAACAUGGAAAUUACCAAGAGUCACACAAUUGUAAUAGAUAAUGAGAUGUUCACACAAGGUCAAGAAAACAUUAAAAAAGAAAUUACAGGUAUACCAGUAUUUGAAAAAGAAAUGAUUCUCCAAAAUCAUAUAACUACAUCAGAAGAUGAGAAAAUGAAUGUAAAUUGUAUUACAGUUCCUCAAGUAUUUAAGGAAGGAUCACAAGAGAGCCUGACAGAUAGAUUAUCUGACAGAAGGACUGAACUCUUAGCAGGUGAAGAUAAGGAUUUGCCUGAAAGUUAUACAAGUCAGUUAAGAAGUCAAGUUAUUCCUACAACUUUUGACUUAGCCUCAAAGAAUUUCACUGAAUCUUAUUCUCAGAGCAAAAACCCUUCAGAUGACAGGGGAAAAGUGACUAAAAUUUUGGAUGAACAAGUAACACUAGGACAUACAAUACAGGACCAGAAUUCUAAACUUCUUGAGCCACAGAGGAAAAACUUAGAUGAUCCCACACCUGCCUGUUCUCAUAAGAUGAUAAUUUCUUCAGAGGAGGAACAAACUAUGGAUCUAACCAAGAGCCACACUAUUGUAAUCGGGUUUGGGCCUUCUGAAAUACAAGAACAAAGUAAGACUAACUUAGAACAUAGAAACAGCCAGCUCACAACAGUAAACAGACAAAUAGAUGUGAGCAUUCCUAUAGAAAAAACUAUAGUAACAACUAAUGAGAUGGACAUGUUAAAGGACAGAAGUAUACAGAAGCCUGAAUUUCUGAAGGAAAAGCAAAAUGUCGAAAUCUGUGAAAGAAAAAGUGCUCAUGGACUACAAAUUGAUAAAACCAUAUUAUUUUCAGAGGGUAAUGAGAAUGAUAUGGAUGUCACCAGGAGUUACACGGUGAAAAUAAACCAUAGAUCUUUAUUGGAUAAACAUGAUUCUCCUUUACCUAUGGCAGGAACUUCUAAAACCAUUUUGUAUUCAUGUGGACAGGAUGAAAUGGAAAUCACUAGGAGUCACACAACUGCUUUAGAAUGUAAAAUUAUUUCACCAGAUGAAAUAACUCCUAGCCACCCAGAUAAUGCUGUGGUGUCUAUUGAAACUCAUGAGGAACUAGACAUGACAAAGUCCCAUACUGUUUUCAUUGACUGUCAAGCAGAGGCGAACAGUGCCCUUCCAGACAGACUUGACUUUGAGUUAUCCAAGAAAAAAUGCCCACAAAAGCCAAAAGGGAUGUCUACUCCUGCUGAAGAGAUUGUGUCCAUUUCAAAAAAUAGUGAAAGCAACCAUCUAGCAUCAAAAGGUAGCCAACUGACAAUAGUGGAGGAAGGGUCUAAUAGUGGGCCUAGAAAAGACACUAAUGAUGAUUCUGAGACAUCUAAAUUAGCCACUUGGAAAAAUGCCAAAGAUAUACAAAAACCUGGAUUUCUGAAUGAACUUCUGCCAAACAAAACUCAGAGAAGAAAAAGCCUUAGGCUCCAUAACAAGACGUUUCCAGAAAAUGCUAAAAAUAAUAGAGAUACCACUCAGAGUUCUGUGGUUGAAAUAAGUAAUAAAAUUAACCUGGAAGAUGGAGAGGACUUCAGUUUUGUGCCAUUGACAGGAACUUUUAAACCAGUUUUGUCUGCACACACGCCAGAGGACAUGGAAAUCUCUAGAAGUCAAACCACUGCUUUAGAAAAUAAAACUGACCCAGCAGAUGAAAUAACUACCAUACCUAUGGAUAACACUGUAAUGUUUCUAGAUAAUUUUGGUGAUCUGGAUGUCACCAAGUCCCAUACUGUUUUCAUCGAUUGUCAAGUCAAAGAAAAUGUACUUCAUGAAUAUACUAAGCUGGGAAUGGCAAGAACAGAAAACUUCAGUAGUCCUGAAAGUGAUACCUGUAUUCAAGAAGCAUCAAACUCUAUAGCUUCAUCUAAUGUUUCAUGCUUUAGUAGUGUUAAGCCAAGUCUGAGUAAUUUGAAUGGAAAAACUGAGGAUGUUUUAGAUUUUCAGACUGUUAUAUUACCUCCUGCAGAACAGUCACUUGAAAUAGGAAAUCAGGCACAUAAUAACAUGAGUAUAGCGCAAACUACAGAAAUGUAUAAUCCAGGUUCCAGUGAUGGUAGAGAUGAAGAAAGUGAAAAUCUUCGUACUGGAGCUGAAACUACCUCUCUACCACUAACCGUUGUCAAAGACAAAACAAGAAGAUGUUCACUGGGAAUCUUUUUGCCCAAAUUUCCAAACAAGAAAAAUUGUAGUAUCACUGUUGUUGAUGACCUGGAGCAGAUUCCAGCAGGUGGAACUGACUUAAAUCACUUAGAAACUCAGCUAGUCUCUAGUAAAGAUUCAGACAUUGGAGCUGUUGCAGCCAAACUGAACUUGAGUCCAUCUCAGUAUAUAAAUGAGGAAAAUCUCCCUAUAUAUCCCGAUGAGAUUCUUUCCUCAGACUCUAUCAGCAUAGACACUGAAGAAAAGUCUCUGAUUGACACAUACUAUAAAGAGAUUUUACCAUCUGAAUGCAAAAUAGAUAUUUGCAAUGCCCCAAAGAGAACCUGGGUACAAGAAGAUGAUAAUGUUAUAAAUGAGAAAAAAAUCAGAACACAUGAUAGUACACAAAAUCAGGAGAUUUUUGAACAUCAUACUGAAGGGGAUAUCAAUAAAAAUGUCAACAGUGUACUGAUAAAAAGCCUGAGCAGAACCCCGUCUAGUUGCAGCAGUGAUCAGGAUUCAGUCAAGGCUGAUGGAAUCUCUCUGGACAUCAGUACACAACGCAAUAGCCAAAUGGAAUCACAGUUCCUUGGUGACAGUAUCUGUGAAGAUAGUUUGAGGGAGAAACUCAAAAACGGACAAAUUACAAUAAAGGAGUUCUUCAUACUUCUUCAGGUCCACAUUUUAAUACAGAAACCCAGGCAGAGCCAUCUUCCAGCCAAAUUUGCUAUAAACUCAUCACCUACCCCUGAAGAUCUGAUGUUGAGACAGUAUGUUUAUGGACCCAAGAUACAGAUUUACAGAGAAGAUUGUGAGCUUCUUCGCCAAAAGAUUGAAGAAUUACAGGUAUCUGCAUUGACCCAAGAUAAACUAUUGACUGCUGUAAAUAGGAACUUGUGGGAAAAAAUGAAAGACUGCUCUAAUGAAGAGCUGAAGACCUAUGGGAUUUACCUUAACAAAAUAAAGUCACGUUAUACCAAGAUGACAAAAGUCUUCACUCACCAAGGAAAAGUGGCUCUCUAUAACAAAUUGGUGCAUUCAGCUGAGAAUGAAAAGAAGAAACUUCAGAUAAAAAUGAAUAAGAUUGACAACAUACUUAAGAAGCUCAAUAACUGUCUCACUGAAGUAGAAAUAGAAACUAGGAAAUUGGAGAGUGAAGAGAAAGAUGACCCUAUGGAAGAAUGGGAUUCUGAAAUGAAAUAUGCAGAAAAAGAACUGGAACAGUUGAAAACUGAAGAGGAGGAGCUCCAAAGAAAGUUCUUAGAAGUAGAGACACAGAAAAUGCAGACUCUUGCUCAGAUAGAGUUUAUAAAAGAACAAACAAAGAAAACCGAAGAAUUACUAGAUCAACCGAGUUUGUCUGAGUGGGAUGUCAUUGAGUGGAGUGAUGAUCAAGCUGUAUUUACCUUUGUUUAUGACACAAUAGAACUUACCAUCACCUUUGGAGAACCAGUAGUUGGUCUCCCUUUCUUGGACAAGCCUUACAGGAAGAUUGAUGAGCUCAAUUUUCAGUCUAUGUUAGAUGAACAUAAAGCUCCUCCUUCCUCCCUUUUAGUUCAUAAGCUAAUUUUUCAGUACAUUGAGGAACAGGAGUCCUGGAAGAAGAAAUGCACAACACAACAUCAGGUACCCCAGAUGCUUCAAGAACUCUCACUAGUAGUAAACCAUUGCAGACUUCUUGGAGAAGAGAUUGAAUUUUUAAAGAGAUGGGGGCCAAAUUAUAGCCUAAUGGAUAUAAAUGUGAAUAAUAUUGAAUUAAGACUUUUAUUCUCCAGCACUGCAGCAUUUGCAAAAUUUGAGAUAACUUUGUUUCUCUCAGCCCAGUAUCCCUUCGUCCCACUGCCAUUCGCCAUUCAUAAUCACCUUGGGAACACGAGCCACGAUGAAAUUGCUGCAAUUAUAUCUAAAGUGCCUUUAGAGGACAACUACCUGAAGAAUGUGGUCAAACAAAUUUACCAACAUCUACUUAAGGACUGAAAUUUUUACCAUAAGACCCACGGAUCACAGCUAUAAACAACUAAGGAAAAAUGCAUUUACCCAGGCCUAGAGGUGCAUUCUUGUAAUUGCAGGAAUCGAGUGAGAUAAGAUCACAAGGUCAGGGUAGCACGG